AUGCUUCUAGAUCCGGGCCAUCCUGAUGGGUAUCCUGGUUCGUGCUAUGCUAUACACACCAAACUAGUAGGUAUCGACACAGGACCCGAAUAUCUCCUAUACUCUCCUCUUCCACCAACUAUUCACACCCUCCAUCACCACGCUCUUCCAAAAACAGAGUUCCCGCCACCAGCGCCAAAGGGCUCGCCCUCCUCUCUCCAGCCCCGACUGAACGGCGCUACUGUCGGAACUGGUCACAAUCACAGUGACUCGCCGUCUCCACCCGCGGACCGCUCCAUGGGCUCGAUGAUUGGAGCACUCGGCCUCCUCCCUGGUUUCACCACCACCGAGCCGGUGUCUGAUGCGUCUGAUUGGCGUGGUGAUCAAACCGGAGAGGCCCAAAGAAGAUUCAAAAACAGACAAGAUGGUUGGAACUUGAGAGAUGCUUGGCGAGGGGAGCAGACACGAGAGACGCAGACUUUAAGACACAACUGGUACACUCUCCCGGACCUAGUGAACACUAACGACGUGCGAAACGAGGCCGCUAAUGCCACUAAGGAAACUAUUGAGGCUGAGGCGCAACGUGGGAUACAAAAAUAA